UCCGUUGUCCAAUGGGCGCUGGGGCGGGGUCUCCUGUCAUGGCCGCCCCCGUGCCGCGGCCUUGAGCGCAGCGGUCCCGCGCCUGCCUCCGCCGAGCGCCCGUCAGCUCGCGCCGCCAUGGGCACCGUGCACGCCCGGAGUUUGGAGCCCCUUCCAGCGAGUGGGCCAGACUUUGGGGCCUUGGGAGAAGAAGCUGAAUUGGUUGAAGUCGAGCCUGAAGCCAAGCAGGAAAUUCUUGAAAACAAAGAUGUGGUCGUUCAGCACGUGCAUUUUGAUGGACUUGGAAGGACCAAAGAUGACAUUAUCAUGUAUGAAAUCGCAGAUGUUUUCAAGGCUAAAAAUCUCAUUGAUGUAAUGAGAAAAUCGCAUGAAGCUCGUGAAAAGUUGCUUCGUCUAGGAAUUUUUAGACAGGUAGAGGUUCUGAUUGAUACCUGUCAAGGAGAUGAUGCCCUUCCAAAUGGUUUAGACGUAACCUUUGAAGUAACAGAAUUGAGAAGGCUAACUGGAAGCUAUAACACUAUGGUUGGCAACAAUGAAGGCAGUAUGGUACUUGGGCUGAAGUUCCCCAAUCUCCUUGGACGUGCAGAAAAGGUAACCUUCCAGUUCUCCUAUGGAACAAAGGAAACUUCAUAUGGCCUGUCAUUCUUCAAGCCACAGCCUGGAAACUUCGAAAGAAAUUUUUCAGUUAACCUGUAUAAAGUAACUGGACAGUUCCCUUGGAGUUCUCUUCGUGAAACUGAUAGAGGAAUAUCAACAGAAUUUAAUUUUCCAAUUUGGAAGACCAAUCACACACUGAAGUGGGAGGGUGUGUGGAGAGAGCUUGGCUGCCUUGCUAGAACAGCAUCCUUUUCUGUUCGAGAAGAAAGUGGACACUCUCUUAAAUCUUCUGUAUCUCAUGCCAUGGUAAUUGAUUCCCGGAACUCUUCAAUCUUGCCAAAACGAGGUGCUUUGCUGAAAAUUAAUCAGGAGCUGGCUGGAUAUACAGGUGGAGAUGUGAGCUUUCUAAAAGAAGAUUUUGAAUUUCAAUUGAAUAAGCAGCUUCUCUGGGACUCGGUUUUUUCAGCAUCGCUUUGGGGUGGAAUGCUAGUACCCAUUGGAGACAAGCCAUCCAGUAUAGCUGAUAGGUUUUACCUUGGUGGACCAACGAGUGUGCGAGGAUUCAGUAUGUACAGCAUUGGACCCCAGAGUGACGGUGAUUACUUGGGAGGAGAAGCCUACUGGGCUGGAGGUUUGCAUCUCUACACUCCUCUACCUUUCCGACCAGGCCGAGGAGGGUUUGGAGACCUUUUCCGAACACAUUUCUUCCUCAAUGCCGGAAACCUCUGCAAUCUUAACUAUGGUGAUGGUCCCAAAGCUCACCUGCAGAAGCUGGCAGAGUACAUCCGAUGGUCUUACGGUGCUGGAAUAGUGCUCCGACUUGGAAACAUUGCUAGAUUAGAACUUAAUUACUGUUUCCCCAUGGGAGUACAGUCGGGUGACAGGAUAUGUGAUGGUGUUCAGUUUGGAGCAGGAAUCAGAUUCCUCUAAUGUGGAAACAAUUCACAUCAGUAAUAUGAAGAUGAAACCUCUAAUGGAUAUGAAGACUUCAGAAUAGCUUGAUACGGUCUAUUUUUUUUCUUGAAAUACUGAUAGACAUCUGAAUGAUUUGCCUCCAAUUCCACAAGAAACUACAUUAAAAAAUCAUGCUCUAAAAGUUCUUUGUACCUCUGAUUCUUAUCAAAGAUAGGAGAAUAUUUUUUGGGAUCCUAGCUAUUUUAAUUUCCGGCUUUUACUUAUUUUUUGCUUCUUAAAAUACCAGAACUUCACUGGAAGCUGGUUGUUGGAUUCUUUUCAAAUGGUUGUAGUUGUCAUUGGCCUGCGCAGCCUUCAGACUUCUAAUUGCAGGUCUCACGAGUGUUGGGAUGACCAAGCAUGUAUGUGGUCAGUUUCUUUACCAUCAUCAAAGUGCAUAAAAAUGAUUUGAUGCAAAAUUAGUGGUUAUAGGUAAAAUAAAAUGUGCUGUUUCAAAUGUG